CUUCUUAGCAGGUUGCUGCAUCUGGUGUCAGCAAUAGUUGAACCUUUAACCGCGCCUGACUUGUUGACCCUAGGACCUAAACGUUUGCCAUUGCCAUGCCGAAGAGAUAUCAAUGGGAAUGAGACUUGCAGUGACCAUAUAUUCCUGUUGGCAUUAGCGCGGCUUAGCACUUACCUUGUUAAGUAGGCAGGCGACUGCCGGGCCCGAAUAGAAUGUUGGCGGAACAAGCACUGGUUGCUUCAGUGCAUGACAGCCUGGGCCUGUUUCUAUACGACAAUGCAAAGUUCUUAGGAGAGCGGUUGGUAGCGCUGAACAACAGCGAGCCCAACCAGCAACUUUUAGCAACAUGCUACCUUCAUUGCAAUCAGGCCUAUAGGGCUUACCACCUGCUUAAAGGCCACAACUCCCAGCGCAGUCGCUACUUGCUCGCUGUGUGUUGCCUUAGCAUGUCGCGUUACCCCGAGGCGAAGGACGCGUUGCUGAAAAUGGGAGAGGCGGAGAUCCCCUACGGCCCCGCGGGUCUGUACCUGCUGGGCAAGGUGUGCCGGCUGACCAACUGCAUGAGCGAGGCCAAGGACUAUUACUUCCGCGCGCUCCGACUGAACCCGCUGCUGUGGUGCGCGUACGAGGAGCUGUGCGCAGUGGGGGGCGAUGAGGAGGCGGCCGAGGUGUGCAGCCUGGCUCAGCUGCCCCCCCGGGGCGCCGCGGAGGCCGGCUCCAGCCCCUCCACCUCCAGCAGGGUGGGAUCCGCCCCGGCCCAGCACACCCCACACCCACACCAGCAUCCCCACCAGCAGCAUGCCCACCCCCACCCCCAGCAGCACCCCCAGCAGCAGCAAGGUCGGGGUCAGGGACACGGGCAGCAG